AUGUCGGGCGCCACAGUGCUUAGCGAGGAGUGGAGCUCAGGCUGGGGGCGCUGGCAGGCGCGGCUGGCGCUGCUGCUGGCGCUGCCGGUGCUGCUGACGGGAGCGUACGGCACCAACUACGUGUUCCUCGCCGCGCCCACGCCGCACAGAUGCCACGUGCCGGAGUGCGAGGGCAACACCUCGAUGGGGGUGGCGAGCUCGGAGCAGUGGGCGGCCGCCGAGUGGACGCAGUGGGCGCUGCCGGCGGACGAGCGCUGCGAGCGCUGGCAGCCCAGCCACCACGCAUGCGCGCCGCACGUCUUCGACAACACCAGCGCCAUCGCCUGCGACUCCUACGUCUACCAGCACGGCAGUAGCAUCGUGUCUGAGUUCGACCUCGGCUGCCAGGAGUGGAAGCGCUCCCUGGUGGGCACCGUGCACAACAUUGGCAUGCUCAUAUCGCUGCCCAUCAUGGGUUUCGUCUCCGACAGAUGGGGCCGGCGCACGGCGCUGGUGGUGAGCGGGUGCGGGGCGGGACUGCUGGGCCUGGCCAAGUCCUUCGCCACCUCGUACUACACGUACCUGCUGGGCGAGCUGCUGGAGACGGUGCUGGGCGCCAGUGUCUACCCCUCCGCGUUCGUGCUCAUGAUCGAGUGGCUGGGCGUGGAGCACCGCAUCCUGGCCAGCCUGGUGCUGGGCGUGCCGCUGUCGCUGGGCGCGGCGGCGCUGGCACUGGUGGACUACCUGGCGGGGUACUGGCGCACGUGGGCGCGGCUGGCCUACCCGCCCUCGCUGCUGCUGCUGCUGUACCCGUGGCUGCUGCCGGAGAGCGUGCGCUGGCUGGUCUCGCGCGGCCGCAUGCACGACGCUGCGCACGUCAUCAAGAGAGCCGCGGAGUACAACGGAGCGCGGGUCCCUGCCGAGGCACUGGAGAAGAUGCUGCUGGAACGGGAGCAGAUCGGCGGCAGCGCAGAGACCAACAUUGAUGAGGGCCUGUUCACAGCACUGCUCAAGUACGGCGUGCUGCGGCGGCGGCUGGGCGUGUGCUGCGUGUGGUGGAUGUCGGCGGUGUUCGUGUUCUACGGGCUGGCGGUGUCGGCGCACGGGCUGCGCGGCGCGGGCGGCGUGCACGCCACGUACGCGCUGGUGGCGGCGGCCGAGCUGCCGGCGCUGGUGCUGAACACGUUGCUGCUGGACCGCGCCGGCCGCCGCCCGCUGCUCACCGCCGCGCUGCUGCUCACUGCCGCCGCGCUCAUUACCAUUCCCUGCCUGCCGGAAGGGAGUGGCGGCUGGGGCACGGCGCUGUACCUGGUGGGCAAGAUGGGCGCCACGAUGACGCUGAACGCGCUGUACGUGUACACGGCGGAGCUGUUCCCGACGCGCGCGCGCCAGCGCCUGCUGGCCGCCUGCUCCACGUUCGGUCGCGUCGGCGCCAUCCUCGCGCCGCUCACUCCGCUGCUGGCGGUGUACAAGUGGUGGCUGCCCACGCUGUUGUUCGGGUCUCUGCCGUUGGUGAGCGCGGCGCUGACGCGGCUGGUGCCGGACACGCUGCACCGCCGCCUGCCGGACUCCUUCGCGGACCUGGACGCGUCCUCCCAGGACGAGUCCUCGGCGCGCGACACUCCGGUCGACGACUCCGUGUGA